UACAAAAAUCAUAAUAGUUAAAUAUUCUGUAAAGAAAUACUCGAAAUUAUCGAGAAUUAUUUGGCGUAAAGUAUUGAUCGGAAGGAUGUUGGUCGAGUAGCGGUCGUGGCUCGAUUGUCAAACCAUGGGAGACAUGAGGCGGUUGACUUUGAUCGCGAUUUUAUUUUUCGCUUUUUUUAAUUUCCUAGACCUUGUUAAAUGUCAAGAUGAAGAUCAAGAAGAAGAUAUUCCAGUUGUUGAGGGUCGUGGAACUGUCAACAUACCUGAAGAUGAUGAUGUUAUUGUAUUAAAUAAAGAUAAUUUUGAUUUAGUUGUCUUGCCAAGAGAUAUAAUAUUGGUAGAAUUUUAUGCUCCAUGGUGUGGUCAUUGUCAAGCUUUAGCACCUGAAUAUGCUAAAGCUGCAAAAAUGUUAAAAGAAGAAACCCCACCUAUUCCUUUGGCUAAAUUAGAUGCUACAGUUGAAACUGAAUUAGCAUCUCAGUAUGAUGUUUCUGGUUAUCCUACUUUAUAUAUAUUUCGUAAAGGAGUAAAAUAUCCAUAUGAAGGACCAAGAAGUGCUUUAGGUAUUGUUGAACAUAUGAAAGAACAAGCUGAUCCUAACUGGAAACCUCCACCAGAAAUGGUUAUUUCUCUUACAAAAGAAAAUUUUACAGAAACUGUAAAUAAAGCAGAAAUUAUUCUUGUUGAAUUUUAUGCACCUUGGUGUGGUCACUGUAAGAGAUUAGCACCAGAAUAUGAACGUGCAGCAAGACAACUAGCAAAUAGAUCACCUCCAAUACCUCUAGCAAAAGUAGAUGGUAUAGCUGAGAAAGAUUUAGCAAAUCAGUAUGAUGUUUCAGGAUGGCCUACAUUAUUAAUUUUUCGACAUGGUCAAAAAUAUACCUAUGAUGGUCCUAGAGAUGAGUCAGGAAUUGUGAAACAUAUGAUUGAACAAGCAAGUUCUCCUAGUACUGAAGUUGUCUCAAUAAAAUCUCUGGAAAAUAAUUUAAAGAAAAAUGAUCCAGUUGUUGUUGGAUAUUUUAAAGACCAAGAUCAUUUCUACAAAGAAUAUAUAGAAGCAGCAAAUAAUCUUCGAGGCAAAUUUAAUUUUUAUCAUACAUUUGACAAAAAUGCUAUAAAACAUUUUCAUGCUUCAGAAGAAACAGUUGUUUUAUAUCAACCUGAAAUAUUCCAUUCUAAGUAUGAAAAACCAAAGUAUAUAUUUUCUGAGAAGGAUGGUUCCAGUCAAGAAAUUAUGGAAUUUCUUAAUAAAAAUGUUCUUCCAUUAGUUGGACAAAGAACUAGAUCUAAUAUGUGGAGAUAUUCAGAAAGAUUUCCACUUAUUGUUGUAUACUAUGAUGUAGAUUUUAGUUUUGAACAUAGAGUUCAGACUCAAUUAAUUAGGCAAGAAGUUGUAAAAGCAGCUGCUAAGUAUAAAGGAAAAAUUACAUUUUGUAUAUCUAAUGAAGAAGAAUUUGAAGAUGAACUUGUUGACUUGGGUCUGGAUGAUAGUGGAGAAGAUGUUAACGUUGGAUACUUUCAAUCAAGAAAUGUUCGGUAUCAGCUUCAACCAGAUGAUGAUUUUUCUUCUGAUAUCUUACAACAAUUUAUAAAUGAUGUAAAAGAAGGAAAUGUCAGUCCCCAUAUCAAAUCCCUACCUGCACCAAAGAAUAAUAAAGGACCAGUAAUUACAGUUGUUGGCUCAACAUUUGAUUCAUUAGUAACCAAAACUGAGAAAGAUAUUCUUUUGCAAUUUUAUGCACCUUGGUGUCAACAUUGCAAAAAAUUAGAGCCUGUCUAUAAAAAAUUAGCCAAGAAAUUUGUAAAUAACAAAAAUUUAAUGAUUGCAAAAAUUGAUGCUACUGCUAAUGAUUAUCCAGAAAAAUAUCAAAUUAAAGGUUAUCCAACGAUUUAUUACAUUCCAGCUUCCAAUAAAGAAAAUUUAAUUGCAUACGAAGGUAGUAGAGAAUUAGAUGACUUAACAAAAUUUGUCAAUAAAAAUCUUGGUGAAGAUAAACAAUCAGAAAAAACAAAAGAUGAAUUAUAACACUUAAUUUCUUAGAACUUAAAGUAUAAAUUCUUAUUCUAAGCUACUUAAAAUUUCUUAUUUGAUUUUACUGUUAAUGUAUCUACCUAUGUAAACAUUUUUAAAAUAAGAAUUUGUUUUUA